GAUACAUAAUUGGUUAGAAUUUUGUGAUUUGUAAAAUAUAUAUAAAUGUAUAUCAAUGAUAUAUCCAGAAGUCAGAGUCAAAGUCAAUCUUUCGUAUACAAUUUAAUUACUAGCUAUUACAAACCCUGAAAUAACGUCAAAAUGGGAGGAGGCGACUUGAAUAUGAAAAAAUCCUGGCAUCCCCUCUUGAUCAAAAAUCAAGAGCGGGUAUGGAAGGAAGAACAAAAAGCAUCAGAAGAGCAGAAGAAACUUAACCAACUCAAAAAAGAGAAAGAAGAAGAAAGACAGUUACAAGAAUUGAGGCAAAUCCAAGAAUCUGCUGGGGGAAGAAAAGGGCAGGAAAGAUUAGAUUGGAUGUACGCUGCUGGACCUAAUCAAUCUAGCUCAGCAAAAGCCCAAGAAUUGGAAGAUUAUUUACUUGGAAAAAAACGUAUUGAUUCUCUUAUAGAACAAGGCACUUCUAUUGAUAAAUUGUCUGCUGAUUCAAAAGAAAUCUUUAGUAGUAUCAGUAAUCCUAAUGCUAAUAAUUACCGAGAUACUCAAUCAAAAAUUCGAGAAGAUCCAUUAUUUCUUAUUAAGAAAACUGAGCAAGCCAACAUAAAGUCCAUCGUUUCAAACCCACUUAAAAUGAAAGAAAUUCAAGAAAAAUUAGAAAAGAAAAAGAGUAAAAAAGAAAAAAAGAAAUCAAGUAACAAAUGGAAUAAAGAUUCAUCUUCGGAUCAUAAAGAAAAGAGUAAAAAAGACAAAAAGAGGCCUCUAUCAGGUUCUGAAGAAGAAAGCAUAAUGAGGUUAAGAGAACAAGAUAGGAAUGGUCGAUCUCAAAAGCGACCUCGCUUACGAAGUUUAUCACGGUCUCGUUCUCGUUCAAGGGACAGAUAUGAUGAUAGACAUCGAUAUGAGUCCAAAUAUUCAAAUGGUACAAUGAGGGAUCGAAAUUCACAUGAAGGACGACAUGAGUCUCGAUAUUCAAAUAGAGAUCGUGACACAUAUGAUCGAAAUCGGGAAGGAAGAAAUGAUCGUGAAAGUAGAUAUAAUCCUCGUAGUUAUUCUCCCAGAAGGCCUAGAUCACCAUCAUCACCUAGUAGACGAGAAGAGUAUAAUCGAAAUAAUCGUAAAUAUAAUAAUUAUUCACAUAACAGAGACUAUAAAGAACGAAAAGAACAUAAUGGACGAAGUGAAAGAGAUAAAAUUAAGGAAAAAGAAGAAGCUGAAAGAAAACUUCUUGAAAUGAUGGAAGAUGCAAAAAAAGUUACUGAAGAGCGAAAGAGUCGUUUAGAACAAGCCAUUAAAGAAGAGGAAGAGGAAGAAAGGAAAUUGGCAGAGGAUAAAAAGCGAUCACAAGAAAACGGGACGCAAUCCGACUUUUUAAAGAAUGCUUAUAAGUGUGCGUAUUCUUCACACUCUUCAAUUGGUUUAGGAGAGCGUUUACAAAGACAUCGUGGCGCUUCACAUAAAAUUUCGAUCGAGGAUUAAAAUUUUCAGUCUUUCUUUAUGACAAAAUCAAAGUGAAAUUUAUUUUUUUUUUACAAGAAUUAAUUAUUAUAGAACAUCAAAUAUCUUGGAACAAGUUUCAGCUACAAAUAAAUGAAUAUUUUAACCAAAAAUUUAUAUAUUUGCUUAUAGUUUUAUUUUGUCUUAUAAUUAAUUCAUACAAACAUUUUUUAAAUAAAUGAAAAAACGAAGAAAAUUGCAUUAACAGUAUAUGAACAAGCUAUAGGUUUUUCUUAAUGUAAUGCUUUCAACUGACCGUUGGGAGGUUUAACGUUGAGUAUGGUUUGGUUUUUAUUUGUUUUAUUUUUCUCAUCAAUGUAAUAUUUUACUAAUUUUUUUUUA